AUGCCGCUGUUUUUUGCGGUUCAAGCCAAGGGUAUGAACAUCUUGCGUGUUCUAGUAAGGCCAUUCUUGUUCAUAUUUCAGUUCCUUUACCGCGUCUUUUGGUCUGGAUUGAACGAAAAGUCAUUGAUACAACUUGUGGUGAGCUUCUGGAUAAAUUUUGCCCCGGUGUUCGUUUGGUUGAUGAUUUUCAAAAAUGCUGGGUUGAUACCAAAAAAAAUUCGCCCUCCAAUUCACGUCAAAUUGGCUAUGAAUAUGGACAUUUUCAUGUUCGACUUCAUGAAGAAGCCCAUUGGGUCCCUCAUAACUCUUACUGGAUUGGCCGCUGUGUCCUGGCUCCUUUAUAAGAAGUUUUACCGCCCCAGUGCAUACGCGGAAUUAUCGUCAAUCCUGGAUGACAACUCGUUUGAAAUGAGUUCUGGCGGUUCUUCCGACUUGGAAGACCAGGUGAGCACUUUCGACUUGGCCAAAUACCAUUCUUCUACCCCAUCGGCUCCUGGCGAUUUCCAGGACGAUGUUCAUCAUGGUGACCUUGUUUUCUUCCACAAAUUAUCCCACAGAAGGAUUGCUGCCCGAACCGCAGAGAUCAAUCGCAAAAUCGUUGAACACCUCCAGACCACCGGUCUGUAUAGACCAUACAAUUGUUGGCACUUAUCGCCAAUUUUACUUACCGCUGCAAGUUGGGUUUUACUCAACAUUGCACACUACUUCCGCGUUGAAGUCUACACCGCCAAAGACUUAUUUGCAUGGGCAUCCUACGUGCUUGGUCACUUCUUUGUUCCCUUAUUUACCGCCAUUUGGCUCUACGUAUUCCAUGCUCCUGGUGCUCUUAAGUUAUUUUCCUUUGGAUUGGGCAUGCAAAACAUAGCUGGCGUGCUCACUCAUUUAUUGCUUCCAACCGCUCCUCCAUGGUUCAUCCAUCUUAAUGGAGAAAACCUGACUGCAAAUUAUGAUAUGCCAGGUUAUGCUGCAGGAUUGACAAGAAUAGAUGUUGAAAUGGGUACCCAUUUACAUUCUAAGGGAUUUCAUGCAUCUCCAAUUGUUUUUGGAGCAGUGCCAUCAUUGCAUUCGGCCAUGGCCGUCAUGGCGUUUUAUUUCGUAAGUUAUUAUUCUCGGUGGACUAUUCUCAAGAUUAUGGCGUUGUCAUUCGUGUGCAUUCAAUGGUGGGCCACCAUCUACUUGGAUCACCAUUGGCGCCUUGAUUUGAUAGUGGGUAUGUUUUACUCGCUUGUCGCUAUCACAAUCUUGCGAACCUGGAGCAAAGGAUUCAACAAGGUCGACAAGGACUUUCUUGAUGCCCGGUUGCGAUUCGACUUUAUACGCGGAAGUACCAUGGGUAUGAGAGUAUUCCGCAACACUCGGUUGCAAUCUUUCUUUGACCCGUUAUCAUAA